CGCGACGAGCCAUACCAACAUUAGUUGACCAAGAUGGCACGUCAGCAGCAAGAUGUCGAUGAGUUGUUUGAUGUAAAGAAUCAUUUUUACAUUGGCAAUUAUCAACAAUGUAUCAACGAGGCACAGAAAAUCAAGCCAUCUUCUCCGGAAGUAGCUAUGGAACGUGACGUGCUUCUUUAUCGUGCAUAUAUAGCUCAAAGAAAGUUUAGAGUAGUAUUAGAUGAAAUUAACAAUUCAUCUCCUAUGGAAUUACAACCGCUGAAGAUGUUAGCUGAUUAUUUUGCCAAUCCUUACCGCCGAGAGAUUAUAGUGGCAGAACUUGAUAAGGAGGCUAGCCAUCCAAACUUUGAUAAUCAUAAUUUUUUGAUUGUGGCCUCCACCAUUUAUUACCAUGAAAAAAAUCUAGAAGCUGCUCUUCGAAUACUACAUGAUGUGGAUCAUCUGGAGUGUAUGGCAUUGACAUUACAGAUAUAUCUCAAAAUGGAUCGUUUGGAUCUGGCUCGUAAAGAGCUGAAGGCAAUGCAGGAGAAAGAUGAUGAUGCCACUCUGACUCAACUCGCACAGGCAUGGAUAAACAUAACUAGCGGCGGUGACAAGUUGCAGGAUGCUUAUUACAUCUUCCAAGAAAUGAUUGACAAACACUCAAGUACAAGUAUGUUAUUAAAUGGCCAAGCUACUUGUUUUAUUGGACAAGCUAAAUACGAAGAAGCAGAAACAGCUCUACAAGAGGCACUGGACAAAGACAGUAAUAAUCCGGACACUUUGAUCAAUAUGAUUGUUUUGUCGCAGCAUAUGGGCAAACCACCGGAAGUAGCAAAUCGUUACUUAAGUCAAUUGAAAGAUUCCCACUUGGAACAUCCUUUUGUCAAGGAGUAUUUGCAAAAAGAGAUAGAAUUCCAUAGAUUAAAAGAGCAAUAUUCAUCUUCCGCCUGAGUAUCCCUCAGCAGAUUGUGGCAUUCCGUGGGAUAGAAUUUGAUCGCAAAAGGAUCCAAGUACGAACUAAGCGAGCUUGAUUCAAAUGAACUCCAAAGAGUAAAGUUUAUUUUGUUUAGUUUGAAAAAAAUUUUUCUUUUUUGACCGUUCAAGUACAUAUCCUGAAUAUAUAUUCAAUGCAAUCUUACGUUUGCGUUUCAAGCUCAGGAAUGCAUUUUUAAAUGUUGAAUUUUAUAGUUUUGUUACAUCCUAAUAUACUUCUGUUGCAAGUGAUGUGAGAUAUGUUUACAUGAUGUGUUAAUUCUUAAAUCGUCGAGAAACUUGAGCUUUCAUGAUAUCGUUUUUAUACAUGCAUAUAUACAGACACACACACACACACACAUAUAUACACGUACUGGAAGAUUCCAACAUUCUAUAGCAAUUUUUCGCAAAGUAAGAAACAAUAAAUCUAACUAUGCUAUCUGUUUUCUAUAGAUAGUCAUGUUAUUAAUUAAAAUGUUUCUUCUUUUUUUUAAACUAGAUAACAAAAAAUAGAAGUAUAGAAGAAUUGUGUACGGACAAUAUAUGUAGAAGAGAGAGACUUUCGGAUUUCUAAGAAUGGAAUCGUACGCGUAAUAUUACUCAAAACAAAUUGCAAUUGUCCAUUUUAUCUCAACAUUUUAUGUAUACUCUCAUCGUAAAAUCUCGUCACCAAAAAAUUAUGGCUGCCAUUUUAUAAAAGAUUAUAAAUUAUCGAAAUAAACACGUUAAUAAUAUCGCGUAACAUCGUCUUUUCGUAUAAUAUUCGUAUUAUUUAUUUAGAUGUGUAUAGAUAAACGAAAUAAUCAAAUAAAAUAUUUCAUACUGUAUAAACAUAU